AUGGAGAAUGAAGAGCCAGAGGCUGCUGCAGAAGAACCCAGUUCCAGCCCUUCCGCUGGGCUUCAGGCGUCAAGCAUGGAGCAGGCCCAGAAGCAAGGCAGCUGGCUUUGGGGCUGGCUCCCUUUCCCGCUUCUCUCAGGACUGACCUGGCUGGGAGACAGGAAUAGGACCCCGCAAGAGCUGGCUUGCUGCCAGCUGGAGAGGAAAAGAUCUUCCAACAGGAUGUGCCCAGAAUGUGAAAUUACUUUCUGCAAAACAUGUGGAACGUUACAUUACAGCCAGGGCUUCAUUGAGCAUGGACUCCUGGGCCACAGCACUGAAAGCCUGCCAGAACUUCUGAGUCCAACACAGAGCACAAGCAAGACACAAUGA